CAACCCUUUAUUUUGUAUGUCUCUCUCUCUUUCUUUGUCUGUCUACCUUUAGUGGCUAUAAGCUAAGCUUUUCAGAGUGACUCACUUCCCAUUUGGGUGUUGUAUAAUUCAUUCAGCUCACUUAAUUAUACUCUCUCUGAGCUUAUCCCCUAUUGUUUUACAAAUUCCUGACCCCCAUUAUUAAAAAUUUCAGAUUUCGAUAUGAUAAUCGAUAUCUACUGUAACAUGUUCACCCACCCCUAUGACACUAAAGCAAUUUCAUAGUUGUUGAGUCUGUAGGAGAGACAGUAAAGGACUGACCUUAUUAUUGAAAACUUGCCAUUCCUACUCUCUUUCAAGAAUCUUAUUAGCUCAGUUGCUUCGUUACCCGAGCUUUCAUCUUAUUAGCGAGAGUUCGAUUCUCAGCUUAUAAUACCUCAUUUACCUUUUCGGGAACAAUCGUUGUGCCCCACAAAAGUAGAGUUAAGGUUUGCAUACAUCCUACACCCUCGGACGCCACUUGGGAAUUACAAUGGGUAUAAUGUUGUUUGUUUGUUUAUAAUCUCUCUCUCUCUCUGUCUACUGUAAGCUUUCCAGUGACUGAUUUGCCAUUUGGGUAUUAUAUAAUUCACUGAAUUAUACAGUGAAUCUUAUAUAAAGGGUUGUUACUGGUAAUGGGAAUGGCCGGGGCCGGAGAAACAUCAUCAUCGUAUUCUGGGAAGCUGAAGAAAGCAGCUAAAAAGAUGUUUGUUCAAACAUGUGGUUCAUUUUGUUGUAGAUAUCAAAACUCCCCUUCUCCUGUCCCUCAUAACAACAACAACAACUCUGAGUUUCCUUAUCCGGCCAGUAAUAAUCUGGAGCUGUUGAAUCAUGCGUCUGUCAUUAAACCCUCGCGAUUAGAUUCUACUACUAACACACCUUCUAACAAGAAUUUUUGUCCAAUAUGUCUGGAUCCGUUGAGCUAUAGCUCCGAGUGCAGCCCAGGACAGGCUAUAUUUACAGCACAAUGCUCUCAUGCUUUUCACUUCGCUUGCAUAUCAUCCAACAUCCGCCAUGGCAAUGUUACUUGCCCUGUUUGCCGUGCACAUUGGACCCAACUACCUCGAACAUUGAGGAUGCAUUAUUCUCCUCACAACAAUCAAGCGGACCCCAUUCUCCAGAUUCUCGAUGAAUCAAUUGCUACUUCUCGGGUACAUAGACGUUCCUUUUUACGCUCUGCUCGCUAUGACGAUGAUGAUCCCGUCGAACCCGACCCCACAUCAGAUAUUCACCGUUUGCAUUUGUCUUUAUCACCUGUCCCUCACAGUACUUCUGUGUUUGAACUUUGCUUAAAAUUGACACAUCAGCCAGCCACCGACUUAGUUUUAGUGGCAAGCCCGAACGGACCCCACCUGAGGCUUAUGAAACAAGCCAUGGCAUUUGUGGUAUUUUCGCUUCGGCCUAUAGACCGUUUGGCUAUUGUCACCUACUCUUCUGCAGCAGCACGGAUCUUUCCCCUUAAGUGCAUGACCUCUUACGGGAAGCGGACAGCGCUACAAGUGAUUGAUCGGCUGUUUUAUAUGGGCCAAGCUGAUCCAGUAGAAGGACUUAAGAAAGGUGUAAAGAUACUAAGAGAGCGAACCCACCAAAAUACUCAUUCUUUUAUUCUACAUCUUUCUGACAAUCCAACAAGAUCGUCUUUCCAUGGGUUUCACUUGGAACUUCCUAUUACAAUCCAUAAGUUUCAUGUUGGAUUUGGAUAUGGCACUUCGAAUGGGUUUGUCAUGCAUGAAUUUGAGAGAUUUCUUGCUAAAAUAUUGUGCGGUGCAGUUCGAGAGAUUGCAUUGAGGAUUGGGGACGACACUAGGGUUAUGAGGCUUGGAGAAUUACGAGGGGGUGAAGAGAGGAGAAUCCCGUUGCUUUUGGAAGAGUUGGACGGGGUCCGCGUGGUGUAUACCUAUACUGAUUGCAUGAUGGGCGAUUCUUUUAAAACUGGGGAAGUUGUAGUCGGAAUUGGCGAUAGAAAAGAACUGACUGAUGAUUCUAUCUCUGUUGAGAGCACCGGUGGAAGAAGUAGCAGCGUUGAGAGCUGGGAAUACCAUGAUCCGUUCAUGGCUAGACGAUGGGCUAAGCGUUUGCAUGGCUAUAGGAUAUGAUGUUCACGCCCUUGCUUCGUUACCCUGAAGUCCUUGAUACCAUGAUGAUCUAUUAAUUGUAUUAACAUUUUUUUUAGAAUCUGCAUUAUACGUGUGAUCUUGAAAUACAUGAAGAGAAUUUCUUGUAUAUCUGUGUUCCCAAUUUUUGUAUUGAAGAAUCUAAUAUGAUUUGAUGAA